CUGAAUCCAGUGAACUGUCAGCAGAGUCUGAACUUGUCCAGUUCCAUAUGCGGAGCGGCUGGGCGGAUCGUCGCGACGGGGAACGUUCCAAUUAGAGCUGCGAUUUGGGCUGAGGGGAGUUGUCUCGCUUGUGAUGCAGCGAUGAAGGAGGAGAAAGCGUGAGCGGCUUGGGGCUGCGUUUUUUUCUCUUCCAAGAGCGAUAAACAAGAGGAGAAAGGAGAAAAGUAAGAAGAAGAAGGAGCGUGACAGGCAGGGCGCAGGGAGUGAGCUUCACAGCGAUUUUAUCUGACCUGUUGCCUCUUUUAUUUGACCAUGCCUUUAUUAUCCUUGCCUGCCCUGGCUCGUACACAAGGAUAAUAACACCGGGAGGAAUUCUUUCCACUUCCAAUUGAAAGAGGAGGAAGGAGGGAAAGAACUUUGAUCGCAGGAUAGAGAGAGCGAGAGACGCGUCGGAGCGCUGGAUAUCGCUGGAAACUGUCGCAUAACUCGGUUACAGUGAAACUUUUCCCUGUAUAUCUUGUAAAUGGCAGCGAUCGAGGGCUGUGAGUGUGUCAUGAACACAAUCAUGCUGCUGCUGGGCUAUUUCCCAGUCUAGAACGACUGUCGCAUCCCCUACUGGAUGUCCGCUUUGGAUUUGGGAUGAACAUCUGAUUUCAGGGGAAACUUUGUGUCACAUAUUUCAGCUGCAGGUAUUUGUGCAUUCCUUUGGAAUAUAAACAAGGGGGAGGCUGCCGAUCUCUUCUGUUUCUGGUUAAUCUGCCCAUCGGGGGAGGAAGGAUGUACCUGCCGGGGAAGUUACUGCGUCUGUGGCUUCUGCUUCUUGUGGUUUUGACGCUGCUGCCAGCGUCCGGCUGGGCUUUGGUCUGUUUACCCUGCGACGAAUCCAAAUGCGAGGAACCCAAGAAUUGCCCGGGGAGUAUAGUGCAGGGCAUCUGCGGCUGCUGCUUCAUGUGCGCCAGGCAGAAGAACGAGAGCUGCGGAGGAGUCUAUGGGCUACACGGAGCCUGCGACAGGGGUCUGCGCUGUGUCAUCCGACCCCCGCUUAAUGGCGACUCCAUUACAGAAUAUGAAGUGGGGGUUUGCGAAGAUGAGAACUGGGAUGAUGACCAAUUGCAUGGCUUUGUCCCUUGCAAUGAAAACUUUGUAACGGGCUGCAACAUUAUUAAUGGGAAAUGUGAAUGUGAUACCAUACGGACCUGUAACACUCCCUUUGAGUUCCCCAGCCAGCACGCUUGCCUGACUGCGCUGAGACGGAUUGAAGAGGAGAGGCCAGACUGCUCAGCAGCUCGAUGUGAGGUCCAGUUCUCUCCACGUUGUGCCGAGGACUCCGUUUUAAUAGAAGGCUAUGCCCCACCUGGUGAAUGCUGCCCACUGCCGAGCCGAUGUGUGUGCAACCCAACCGGAUGUCUACGGAAAGUCUGCCAGCCUGGUUACUUAAACAUUUUGGUAUCCAAAGCAUCUGGAAAACCUGGGGAAUGUUGUGACCUUUAUGAAUGCAAACCAGUCUUCAGUGUGGACUGCAGUACUGUGGAGUGCCCUCCAGUUCAACAGGUGGUAUGCCCAUUGGAUAGCUUUGAGACGCAAGUCCGCCUUACAGCUGACGGAUGUUGCACGCUGCCUACAAGAUGCGAGUGUCUCUCCGGCCUCUGCACUUUCCCUGUAUGUGACGCUGGAUCAAUCCCCCGCAUAGUCUCUCGAGGAGAUGGCACACCUGGAAAGUGCUGUGACGUCUUUGAAUGUGUUAAUGAAACCAAGCCUGCGUGCAUUUUCAAUAACAUGGAGUACUAUGAUGGGGACAUGUUCCGUAUGGAUGCCUGCCGCUUUUGUCGAUGUCACGGUGGUGUUUCCAUCUGUUUCUCAGCACAGUGUGGAGAGCUGCAUUGUGAUCGCUAUUAUGUGCCAGAAGGGGAAUGCUGUCCAGUAUGUGAAGAUCCUGUGUACCCAGUCAAUGACCCUGCAGGUUGUUAUGCCAAUGGACAAAUAAGAAGUCACGGUGACCGCUGGAGAGAAGAUGACUGCACCUUCUGUCAGUGUAUCAAUGGAGAGCCUCACUGUGUUGCAACAGCUUGUGGCCAGAGUUGCUUGAAGCCAGUUAAAGUGCCUGGUGAAUGUUGUCCUGUGUGUGAAGAACCUACAUACAUUACUAUGGCUCCUCCCAUAUGCGAACUGUUGAUUAACUGCACGUUGACAGAGAAGGACUGCAACUAUGGUUUCCGGUUAGAUCAAAAUGGAUGCCGCACAUGCCAAUGCAAAACAAGAGAGGAGCUCUGUACUGGCCUCAUAUCAGGCUGCGCAUUGGACUGCCCUUUUGGAUUUCAGACUCAUCUGCACAACUGUGAGAUCUGCCAGUGUCGGCCUCGGCCUAAGAAGUGCAAGCCUUUAGUGUGUGACAAAUACUGUCCGUUUGGCUACCUGAAGAACAAGCAUGGUUGUGAAAUAUGUCGCUGUAAAAAGUGUCCUGAUGCCCCUUGCAGCAAAAUUUGCCCAAUGGGAUUUGAACAGGACAAUCAUGGAUGCCGCAUCUGCAAAUGCAGAGAAACGACUUCUGUGGUGCCCCCAGUCAAAACAGGCUCAUGCUUGGCAAUGGAUGGUCGACGCCAUGAAAAUGAAGAGAGUUGGCACGAUGGAUGUCGUGAGUGCUAUUGUCACAAUGGCAAAGAAAUGUGUGGACUCAUUACAUGUCCUGUUCCCGGCUGUACUAGCCCCACUAUAUACCCAGGACAAUGCUGCCCUUCAUGCCCAGAUGAUUCUGAUGCACAGAAUCCAGAACUUGCAGACCCAUCCGUUUGCCAUGCUCCUGGAGGAGAGUACUUUGUUGAAGGGGAAACCUGGAAUAUUGAUACAUGCACCCAGUGCACUUGCCAUAGUGGGCGGGUGCUGUGUGAAACUGAGGUCUGUCCACCUCUUCUUUGCCAGAACCCAACACGUACCCAGGAUUCUUGCUGUCCUCAAUGUCCAGAUGAUUCCCUGCAGCCUUCUGUCCCAAGCAAUGAAAGUGUCCCCAGCUACUGCAAAAAUGACGAGGGCGACAUUUUCCUGGCUGCUGAGUCUUGGAAACCUAAUGUCUGUACAAGCUGCGUCUGCAUGGACGGGAUUAUCAGCUGCUACUCUGAAUCCUGCCCCCUUGUAACCUGCGAGAGACCCGUCUUAAGGAAGGGUCAGUGCUGUCCAUAUUGCAUAGAAGACACAAUUCCAAAGAAGGUGGUGUGCCAUUUCAGUGGCAAAACGUAUGCAGAUGAGGAGAGAUGGGACAUUGACAGCUGCACACACUGCUAUUGCCUUCAAGGACAGACCCUCUGCUCUACUGUGAGCUGCCCCCCUCUUCCCUGUGUGGAGCCAAUGAAUGUUGAAAGUAGCUGUUGUCCUAUGUGUCCAGAAAUGUACAUACCAGAACCCACAAAUAUCCCUAUUGAGAAGACAAACCACAGAAGAAAGAAUGAGCUAGACAUGCCUCACUGGCCAACUCCUAGUGAGAAUGACAUUGUUCAUCACCACAGAGACAUGGGACACCUUCAGGCAAACUACAGAGAAAUGGAAAGACCACGUCGGACCGAAGAAGAAACGCUUCAUUCUGUUGCAUGGGUUGCGGUCCCUAUCAUGAUUGCUUUGGUUAUUCUAAUUGUUAUUUUUAUGAUCAAUCAGAAAAAACAGUGGAUACCAGUACCCUGUUAUAGAACGCCUACCAAGCCGACCUGUCUAAACAAUCAACAUGUGUAUGUGGACUGCAAAGGAACCAUGGUUCAAGUGGACAGCUCCCAAAGGAUGUUGAGAAUGGCGGACCCAGACUCAAGAUACAGUGGAUUCUAUAGUAUGCAAAAACAAAAUAACCUCCAGGCAGAUAAUUUUUACCAAACUGUGUGAAGGGUGCCCAUGCAAGGAUUUCCCUUUAAACUGAAAAAAAAAGAUGAUCGGGUUGGAGAGAGACAAAAUUCUGCUAUUAAAAAACCUAGAACCAUGCACUUGCUUAUUGGAUUAUAUUGGAUGUGUGACAUGUACAAUCGAGACCUUAUUCAGACGAACUCUGUCUCAUGCAACGUGCCAAAACAAACAUUCCCACUUUCCCUUUGUAAUAACUGACCAAGUGUUUUCUUAGAACCAAAGUAUGGAGAACUGGCUGAUGCGUAUAUGCUUGUAACAUAGCUGUAGAAACUUUUUUUUUUUCCUUUUGGUUGCUGGGUUGGAAGUUGGGAGAUUCGACAAAGGAGAGGUUGCGAAAGCAGUAAUGAAACAAGAACAAAUUGGAGAGGUUUCAGGUGAAUAAAUUGGCUCACAUGGGCUCAUCCAAGCAAAUCCCAUAAUGCUUCUGAAUCACAGACAAUGGCUUCUCCUGCAUCUCAGAUUCUGAAUACAUCACAGAAGGAGGAAUCAAAUCCCUGUGUGAUCAUCCAGCUUUUGUUACAACCUAUCAAUUAACAAAGCAGCAAAAAGCUAUCAAAUCUAUAGCUGAUCAUCUACAUUUAGAAUGCAAAUAAUAUCUUUAUUGAUAACCAUCUGCAAAAAAUAUCAAUAGCAAAGAAUAAUGGUUAAGGUUCUGAAAUGAUAUACAAUGUGCUGCUUUUUUUUUUUCUUUUUACUUGGAUAUAUUUUUUUUUCUUCAAUGCUGAUUGGUCAGUCCUUGUUGGAUUCAGGCAAAAAUACAGAGGGCUUAUUAGUUUUUUUCAUAUAUAAAUAUAUAUCUAUAUCUGAGCACUGGAUUUUUAUUUUUUUCCUGAGAGCAGUAUUUAAAGUAGAAAAUGUUUAAAUCAUCACCUUACUGUUCAACAGGCUUUCUUAUAAUGGCGAUGUUGUUGAAUAUGUAUUUCUUUCCUUAUUGUGAGUGUGUGUGUGUGUGUGUGUGCGUGAUCUUUUGUUACAUUUUUUUUAUUGCGCUGCCCAGAAAGAACAAUAAUUCUAUUAACUUCUUUGCUACCAGAUAGGCUAGCUCGCAUGAAACGCAGAGGUUGAACAUGUCUGACACUGUCACUGGGGUUAGCUUGCUGGAGAAAGCUGAUGCUUCAAUGAAAUGGACAGUGGGGAUCCAUAUUUUUUCCUGUUUUGUUCAUUAUUGUUCUUUUGUUUGAUAUUUUGACAUUUACUGGUUGCGCAGAUUAAAAAAACAGUUACCCUGACAGGGAGCCGCUUAAAUUUGUAGUAUUCAAGCACCUUUUUUUUCUGAGUUAAAAAAAAAAAUAUCAAAAAAGUCAAAAAGGAGAUUGUGUCUUUAAACCUUAGCAUUAUAGGAAUAUUUAUGUAAAUGUAGUAAAUGUAUAUUAUGCUAAAAAAAACAAAAGUAUUUGUGU